AGUGCCAAUUAUAAUUUAUUUAGAUUAAAAGACAAUAAAAACUUAUAUGUUUGGUAUGUCAUGCUUGUUCAUCUGUGAACCAUUCACAAACAAGCGCACAAAGAUUGAAAAUGUUGAUUUAAAACUUUCUAUUGCAAAUUUUAAAGAUAUCGUUUAUCAGUAUACUGAGAUCAAAACUGGAGAUCAAGAGUUAGUUUAUUGUGGUAAAUGUUUAAACAUUGAGGAAAACACACUUGAAUCGUACAACAUUGAAAAUCAGGUCACCAUAUUUGUGUUAAAGAAGUUUCCAAAUAAGUUAUUGACAGAUGUUAAAACACCAAUUUUAGUUGAUGAAAUCGAGAACCUACUCACAAAAGCAAGAAGUCAAUCUUACAGAAUUAAUAUCAGAAAUUUGUUAAAAAAUAGAGAGGCUGUUAAAAAAUUAUUUCUGGAAUCAGAGUUCAUCAAAGUUGACACAAUGACAAUGGCUUUGGUGCAAAACCCAAUGAUGUUUCUUACUAUUAUUGACACUGCUGAUGCUGAUUGCAUUGCUGCAAACCAUCAGUCAUUUGGAAACGCACUUAAACAUGUUGUUCAGUGGGUAGAGCGAACAGAAAGAAAGGUUCAGGCCAGUGAAGAAGAUGAAAGUGAAGAUAAUUUAUAUGAUUCGUAUUUUGCACAAUCAGAAAUUUCAUUAAAUGAAGAAAGCCAAGAACAGGAACCAGAAACUAGCAGGAACCAGCAAAUAUCUGAAACCAGUCAACAACUGGGUCCAGCAAACAGGAACUUGCCACAAACAAACAAUCAAUCUCAUCCACAAAUAUCAGCAUUAGAUCUUGCUAAUGCGCUCUCAUUUGCUUCAGCAUACAUAGGUCAGCCAUCAAGUUCAAAUCAGAUCCUUAGUUCAGAACAAGUGAGGUUGGCCUGUGAACAAGUGCAAGCAUUAGGUAUAACUGACGAGAGUCUAAUCAGAAGAGCACUUUCACUUAGCGGCGGAAAUGUUGAAGCAGCCAUUAAUUUAAUUUUUGAAGAGAUAAUCCAAUAAUGCUGCAAGUGAUCAUUGAUGAUGAUCACAAACGAUGAUUUAUUUAUAACUUUGCAUUAUUAUUGUAUUUAGUUUUAAUCAAAAAAUUUUCUAAUACUA